CAGCGGAAAACGGAAUGGCAAAGCCAAUCAAGAACAGAAGAGUCCCAAGGGACAUUUGGGCAAAGGCACCUUCAGCCCUCUGCCGCCAGAUCCUGAAGCCAGCCCGAAAACUUACAGUGGCUUCGCUUUGCUCAACCUGUUUUGGCUCUGCGGCAGCCUCCUCCUUCGACAUCCAACCUUACGGGUGUUAUCAUAAUACCCCGAAGGGGGGGAAACGGGUCGGGGGAUGUAGGCGGUGCCGAAAUGACCGACUUUGAAGAACCUGCAGGCAAAGUUUCGUCCAAUCGUCUGAGCCGGUCCUCUUAUUCCCGGUUGUAACUAAAUACUGUUGCGAGCGCAGCCGAAGCCCUUUGUUGGAGAUGUGUGAGCGCAGUCUCUACAGAGCGGGCUAUGUGGGCUCGCUUCUGAAUCUGCAGUCUCCCGACUCUUUCUACUUUUCCAACCUGCGGCCGAAUGGCGGCCAGCUGGCCGCGCUUCCCCCCAUCUCCUACCCUCGCGGGGCGCUGCCCUGGGCCUCCACUCCCGCCUCCUGCACCCCCGCGCAGCCCGCCAGCGCCUCUGCCUUUGGCAGCUUCUCGCAGCCCUACCUGGCCGGCUCCGGGCCUCUCGGUCUGCAGCCCCCAGGCGCCAAGGACAGCGGCCCCGAAGAACAAGUCAAGUUCUAUCCGCCCGAAGCGGCCACCGGGCCCGAGGAGCGUGGCCGUACGCGGCCGCCCUUCGUCCCCGAGGCUAGCCUGGCUCCUGCAGCUGCGGCGCUCAAAGCCACCAAGUUCGACUACGCGGGCGUGGGUCGUGCAGCGCCAGGCUCAUCGACUCUGCUCCAGGGGGCCCCCUGCGCCGCAGGCUUCAAAGAUGACACCAAGGGCCGGCUCAACUUGAACGUGACAGUGCAGGCGGCGGGCGGCGCUUCUUGCCUGCGACCUUCGCCGCCCGACGGCCUGCCAUGGGGGGCGGCCCCGGGGAGGGCCCGCAAGAAGCGGAAACCCUAUACGAAGCAGCAGAUUGCGGAGCUGGAGAACGAAUUCCUUCUCAACGAAUUCAUCAACCGGCAGAAGCGCAAAGAAUUGUCCAACAGGCUGAAUCUCAGCGACCAGCAAGUCAAAAUCUGGUUCCAAAACCGGCGGAUGAAGAAGAAGCGCGUGGUGCUGCGUGAGCAGGCGCUGGCGCUCUAUUAGCCAGCGUAGCCGCGGCCAGCCAGGCCUGCCCUCUUGGACGGAGGCCUGGAGUGGACAGCAGGUGCUGGGAUUGGGUCUUUUCCCUCGACUUUCUUUGCUGGUUCCGGGUACCCUCCCGUUCAGUGGCCCAGUGGCCCAGAAGCCAGUAGGAGUUAGGGAGAUGUGGCCAGUUUGGCCUCAAUUUCCAUUCUCUCUAAGAAACUCUAGAGGGAUGUUGGGAGUUGCAGUGCAACCUUGGCUGGAGUCACCUGUCCUGGCUCAUGUCUGUGGCAUUUACAGUUGGGGCUCACUCGCAAACCCUUGCACUUGGACUUACCUGUUUCCAACUGUUCAGUUCUCCUUUCCUCCUCUCUCUUCCCCUCUCUCCCUUAGCAAGCACCUAUCAAAAGCUCACCACUGUCGUGAAUAUAAGAAGGGCCUCAAAACCCAGCCCCAAUGACAA